AUGCCAGGCGGAGUAUGCGCAGUCCUCGACUACGAGGUUGAGAUGAUGGCCGAGUACGUUGCCGACAUGUCGAUGCGUGUCGUUAUGCCCAACGCCUCUGUUACUGGUGCUUUCAGGAAGUUUGUGUCCCAAGUUCUCACUUCAACACGCCUUCCCAGCACGACCAUCCUCCUGGGUCUUAACUAUUUGGCAAAGCGUGUCAACACGCUCCAAGCUGCCGGUGUCUGGAAGACCAACGAGGGGCAGGUUUGGCGAAUGCUCACGGUAUCACUCUUGCUUGGAAGCAAGUUCCUUGACGACAACACAUUCCAAAACCGAUCAUGGUCCGAGGUCAGUGGCAUCGCCGUGCAGGAGCUUAACACUAUGGAGAAUGAGUGGCUGCGUCACAUCGAUUGGUCUCUGUAUGUCAACCUUGACAAGAGUGGAGACUACAAUGCCUGGUUACAGAACUGGAAAGACUGGGAAGCGAACAAAAAGCGCGAGUUGCUGGCCCACAAACAACAACAGGCCGCAGCCGCUCGCGAGAGACUUGCACCUCUUGUCACCACCAAUAUUCGUACCAACACACAGCAUCACCCAUUAUCUUACGAAGGAUGGACUCCUGAGGAGAUCUCCGACUAUGAGCGUGGACGUCUUGCACGUGCACCUGGCAAGUCGUACCGCUCUCGUGAGAACUCCUGGGCCCAGGCUCAACAGUACCAGAAUGGUUGGUCUGCGCCUCUCACCCCUCCCGAUUCCGGAUAUGGUACUCCCGAGUACAUGAAUUCGGCUGCUUCGCUCAGCACAAGAUACAAUGAUUGGUUCAGCUCAGCGAUUCCCAAUUCUGGGUACAGAGGUUAUCAGACCGCAGCACCCACCCUUCACUCGAACUACAACAGAAAUGGUUACCAGCAACAAACGCACUACAAUCAUUAUGGUAGCCAGGGUAUAUGGGAUGCCAACGUAGCUGAAUGCAACUGCUCCCAGUGCAUGGCGACGUUGCACAAGCCUACCCACUACUUCCAGCACCACGCGUAUGGCCAGCCUGUUAUGGGUUAA